AUGCGGAUACUGAAAGCGCUUUCACCUGUAACCUCUCCAGAGGCGGUGGCACCAUGGUGGAUUUCCCGUGUCGAUGAUGUUUUGCUCCUGAUGUAUGUGUGUCGUGAGGGAUGGAUAAAGGGGCGGACCUUGCCGAUCUGGCUUGUUGAUUCGUCAUCGUUGUUCGGAGAUCGUGCGAAGCGAUACCCCAUUGCAGAGUGGCCAAGUCUUGCAGGACUUAAUAGACGCGUCAAGGUGUUGCUCCAUGUGUGGACUGCUGUCAAAAAGGUGAAACCUAUUGCGCCUGUCCCGACAUCAGUCGCUCCACCUUUAGGCGUGACUUCAGCAAAGCAACAGCGGCAGCUGCAGCGUCAACAGGAACUAUUACAUCAGCAAUUGCGUCGUCAGCUGGAGGAGCAGCAUCGUGCACAGCAAACACGCCACUACUCCAGUGCGUCGUUCCAUGGAUCCCGCCACAAUCAGUUUGCGAAAUUGAUUUUUUCCUACGGUAUUCCAGAUGUGAGCACGUGUCGUGACGACCGUGAGCGCAACGAGAAGUGGCGAUACUUUUUGCAGGAUAGCCAGCUUGGUAUCGGGCACCACCCGCUGGAAGAGCUGCUUGCAGAAGCAUUGGAUUUGGAGCGUGUAUGUCGCCAGCGUUUGCACAGUGAUGGUGAUGGGAGGAUCGCGGAAGCCAGCCAGGAGAACUCAAUUCUCGGCGGCAAACGUGGAUUCUGGCUGCUGACCACCACGCAGUGUAGACGCUUGCUGCAUCGCGUGGAUCUCUUCCGGCUGCUUCGAACGCAAAUUCUUGUGUUGCCGCCGGCACAGCUCGUGGAAUUAGUGACUCGGGUUGUUCGAGCUCAGUCGACUUCUACAGACUAUCCCGUGUGGUGGAGCUGCCCGCGACACGACAUUCUGUUGCUUCAGGGUGUAGAGUGCUAUGGACUUGAUGAACACCUGGCUUCAGUUUGGAAGCUGCCGCUGUUCAACUCGGCGAACAAAACGAGUGCGUUUCCGAGCUCAAGCUGGGUGGAAAACUACGUGACGGCCCUUUCGCUGGCCUGCCGCAACCUGAUCGUCAAGGCACGUGCAUAUCGAAGC